GGCUAUGCUAAAAACAAAAUUUAUGGCUACGCGAGUUUGCGUACUCUGCAAGCGAUCAAAUUGUUUCGAAUCUGCAAAGUAUUUACUUGGUUCGACUAAUCUGAGGUAUGAGAAUUUCAAAUGGUCAAAGACUAGCUCACGAUUUCAAUCAACAUUAAAUAAGAGUGCAGCAUUAGUACCUGGUGAAGCAGUUUCUAAUACAGUUGAGUUAUUAAGUAAUACUGAUGUAAUAACCCACACAGCAGAUGCGUUUGGUACCCAGGCGUUUCCGGUUCUGAAAACAGCGGGUUUAGUUCAAGACGGAUUGAUCUACGCCACUGAAUCUUUGGGAGUAUCAUGGCCUGUGGCACUGGCAGUUGCGGCUGUAAGCAUGCGUACAGUCUUACUGCCUGCUACAAUAUAUUUAAAGAAAUUAGCGAUAAAAAGAAGCAACUUGAGUCCUCAACGUUUUCAAGUUCAGAAGGCGCUCAUGGAGGAUCUGAAAACUAGAGCCUUAUCGGGCGAAAAAGUAACAGCAGCAGAUCAAUUUAGGAUUAGCCAGCGGAUGAUGCAAUGGGACGAGCGAAACGGCUUGUCAAUGGUUAAAAUGCUUUGGCCUAUGUGGUUACAACUACCUGUAAUUCUCUCCAUGUUUAUGGGCAUACGUGAUUUGAGUGAGCGAAAAUUCAUAAGUUUAGCAGCAGCUGAUUUUAUUUGGAUUCCCGAUCUUUGUAUGUCGGAUCCUUUAUUCCUUCUACCAGCAAUCAAUUUCGCAACCGUGUUAUUAGUUUUGAGAUUGGGCGUUGAUGGCCCUACAAAUGAUCUUAUGAAGUCUAAAAAGUUUGCUAUCGGCUCUGUUGUUUGCCUUCCGAUUGUGACUUUUUUCAUGAAUUCGUGCUUCCCUUCGGCACUUAUUCUCUAUUGGUUUUCUUCGAACUGCAUCGGGCUUUUGAUUAACAAAGCAUUGGGUGUUGAUUUUGUAAGACAAGCUGUGAAGAUUCCCAAAAGAGUGAUUCACCCGGAAGAUUUUAACGAGUUUGAGAUGACAAAGAAACUAACAAGAGAACUAACGGAUAUAAUGACGCGGAACUUGAAGCAAGAACAGUAUGCUACUUUUGAUGCCCAAAUGAGAGAGAGACACAAAAAACUGCAGGAAUUGAAAUAUUCACCAAAAACUCAAGAGAUGAAGAAAAUGAAAUAGAAAGAAAUUUGAUUUCGAAGCUGUCAAAUAGUUUUAAAAAUGAAUUUGUGUA